CCAUCUAAGCCAUGGAAAACUAGGUAGACGGUUAUGAUCUACUACAUAACUGUUCACGUUGACGGUGGAAGAUCUCUAAUCUAUUGUAGUAUGAUAGAGACGAAUGUAUUGUAUCAUUUUUCCCUUUCGAAACAUCUCUUACGUAUACGAGAUUUUCGCUCCCUCCUUCUUCCCGCGAAUAUUUAUAAAAAAAUAAAAAAUAAAUAAAAAGUCCGAAUUCUCAGCACUUUCUCUCAUCUCCCGCUUCUCUCUCUCUUUCUCUCUCCUCUCCUUCCUCGCUCCUGCAACUCUCUCCUCUCCCGCUUCUCUCUCUUUCUCUCUCUUCUCCUUCCUCGCUCCUGCAACUCUCUCUCCUCCCUUUCUCCUACAUCUCUCUCUGUGUACAUAACAAGAAAAUCCCCAUUUCACACCCUACCCCACCAUGGAAGAUGAUGAUAAAGAAGGGUAGCGAUCCACCUCCUAUCCGACCUUCCUUCCGCCCUUUCCUCCGUUCAUCGUCCUUCCUGAUUCGUGGCUCGUGGACCCACCAUAUCCUCGAUCCCGGUGGCCAGAUCGUCACCCGAUGGAACUACAUCUUCCUUGUCUCUUCCCUCGUCUCCCUCUUCCUCGACCCUCUCUACUUCUACCUCCCUUCCUCCGAUCCCCUCUCCUUAUGUCUCCAAAUCAACCUCAACCUCCGCAUCAUUGUCACCUUCUUCCGCACCGUCGCCGAUCUCUUCUACCUAGUGCAUAUGGUCCUAAAGUUCCGGACUGCAUUCGUUGCCCCCAGCUCGAGGGUCCUUGGACGGGGCGAGCUCGUCAUGGACCCUAGGCAGAUUGCCAUUCGCUACCUCAAGUCAGAUUUUUUGCUUGAUCUUGCCGCCACGCUUCCGCUCCCUCAGGUCGUCAUAUGGCUUAUUGUACCAGCGGUGAAAAGCUCCGCAACUGGUCAAAACAGCAACACACUUUCUCUGAUUGUUCUCAUCCAGUAUGUUCCUAGAUUGUUUCUCAUAUUUCCUUUGAAUCGAAGGAUUGUCAAAACAAACGGUGUCGUGACCAAGACUGCUUGGGCAGGAGCUGCAUAUAAUCUACUUCUCUAUAUUCUUACCAGUCAUGUUUUAGGAGCUAGCUGGUAUCUUUUGUCUGUUGAGCGACUACGCAGCUGUUGGAGUAUUGAGUGUGCGAAGGAGAAUGGCACUAUGCACAUGCCCAUGUGUGAACCUAGUUUUCUGGACUGCAACAGUAUCAAACAACCUGAACGGCAUUCCUGGCUGAACACCACUCAUGUUUUUAGCAAUUGCAAUCCUGAAAACAUUGAUACCACCUUCAUCUAUGGAAUGUUUGCGGAGGCCGUGACUAAUGAAGUUCUUUCAUCCCCGUUCCUAGAGAAGUAUCUUUAUUGCCUUUGGUGGGGUUUGAAAAGUUUGAGUUCAUACGCACAGGGCACGGCCGUGAGCACGUAUGCUAGCGAGACAUCAUUUUGCAUUCUUAUAUGCAUAGUAGGUCUAGUUCUGGUCGCCCAUCUGGUUGGUAACAUGGAGACCUUUUUGCAAUCUACUACCAUGAGGCUUGAAGAGUGGAGAGUUAAACGAAGAGAUAUAGAGGAGUGGAUGCAGCACCGCCAACUACCUGAAGAUUUGCGAGAACGAGUUCGCCGGUUCGAGCAAUACAAAUGGCUUGCCACAAGAGGAGUAAAUGAAGAACCCAUUUUGCGUGCUUUGCCUUUGGACCUCCGCCGUGAUAUUCAACGCCAUUUGUGUCUCGCCCUUGUUCGCCGUGUUCCUUUCUUCUCACAAAUGGAUGAUCAGCUACUAGACGCCAUAUGCGAACGCCUGGUCUCAGCCUUGAGCACUCAAUACACCUACAUUGUCCGCGAAGGUGACCCGGUAAACGAAAUGCUCUUCAUCAUCAGAGGGAAGUUAGAAAGCUCCACAACCAACGGUGGAAGAUCUGGGUUCUUCAAUUCCAUCACCCUCAAGCCCGGCGACUUCUGUGGCGAAGAGCUGCUGACAUGGGCCUUAAUGCCAGACGCUAGCAACUUACCAUCCUCAACCCGGACCGUCCGUGCCCUCAGCGAAGUCGAGGCAUUCGCUCUACGAUCCGAAGAUCUCAGGUACGUCGCCAAUCAGUUCAAGCGUCUUCACAGCAAGAAGCUCCAGCAUGCAUUCAGGUACUACUCACACCAGUGGCGGACGUGGGGAUCGUGCUUUAUACAAGUCGCGUGGCGGAGAUUCCAGAAGCGAAAGCUAGCGAAGCAGUUGGCAAAACAAGAGAGUCUCUUCUAUAUGACAAUGCAAGAUCAGAAUGAGGAGUAUGAUUAUGAUUACAGCGACGAGCUGCCCCUUGAUAAUCCUGCUGAGAGCUCGACGAUGGAUAAUCAGAACUUCCAGCAUCUUGGAGCUACGAUACUGGCGUCGAGGUUCGCUAAAAACACAAAGAGAGGGGUUGAUCAGAAGAUCAAAAUGGGUGGUCCAUCAGCAGUGAGCUUAAAAAUGCCGAAGCUGAUGAAGCCAGACGAGCCCGAUUUCUCGGUCGGCAAGGAUGAUGGCAGAUGAAAACAGCUGCAUUCAUAUCAGACAUGUAAUGAAUGGUUAGUUACAGGAUCAAUUGUACAAUGUACAUUAUUGUAAUAAUAGUGAUAAUUCACGUACAUUUUCUUU